UCUACCUCAGUAAACCUUCAUUCUCCUUACCUCUACUCUAUCCUCCGAAUUCCACAACUAAUCCCGAAUCCGACAGGUGAACAUCAACAACGUCUCACCUUACUAUUACCAAGCUCGGCUACCUACUAUGUCCACCCAACUCUCGGAGCUUGUCCUUUCAACCUUCUCCAAUGGCCUCGACACUCUCUCUCAUAUUAUCGAUGUCGCCGAGCAAUAUGCCUCUUCCCAAGGCCUUUCCGCAGAUGCCGAGUACCCCAACGCCCGCCUCGUCGAGGACAUGAAGCCAUUCACGUUCCAGAUCCAAAAUGCUACAAAACACGUAAAUCGCACGCUCGGCCGUCUUCAGGGACAGGUAUUCCAGCAAUGGGAAGAUAAGGAGACCACGAUAGCGGAGUUGAGGGAGCGAAUUGCGAAAGCGCAGAAGCUUGUAGAGGAGGCGGAUGCUAAAGUCAUUGAUACUUUUGCUAAACAGCCGGCUAACCUGGUCCUUGGUCCCAAGACCCUUAAGAGCACUAGCAAGGGCACUAUCCUCGGACACAGCAUCCCCAACUUCUUCUUCCAUGUGCAGACCGCGUAUGCGAUUCUCAGAAGCAAGGGCGUGCCGCUCGGCAAGAAGGAUUACAUCCAGAGCUUCCUGACGCGCAACUUCGUUGCCUAGAGAUAAGUGGAGGUGCGAUGAUGCCAUGAUGCGGGAGACGUCUAUAACAGGAAAUGAAGACGGAAAAGCAGCAAGGGGAAAUGAACAUGCGUUGAUCUUAGUCGAGGACCUUGCCAGCCCAGUAACGAGGUAUGUUCAGUGAAC